AUGGCCCCCAUCAACACCAAGGCUCUUCUGACCAUCCUGCUCCUCAGCAGCUCUGCCCUCUCCGCUCCACUGGGCGCUCGUCAGCUGGCUGGCGAGGGCGCGGCUGCCGACAGCCUGCUCUCCGGUACCGACAAUGCCGUUGGCUAUGGCACUGAGGAUGCCCUGGACAACACCGCCACUCUCAUUAGCAAUACUAAGCCUAAUACUCGCCGUCAGUUGGCGGGUGAGGGUGCUGCCGCCGAUAGCAUCCUGUCUGGCACUGAUAACGCCGUCGGAUAUGGUACGGAAGACGCACUCGAUAACACCGCGGCUCUCAUCAGCAACACCAAGGGUGCUGUACCUGCCGCACGCCGCCGCCAGCUUGACAAGAUUAGCAACGGUGUUCAGGCUGUUGGCAACGCAGCUGGUGUCGGGUCCACCACUCAGCCUGCAACCAGCGCCGGUGACAGCAUCGACGGAACACUCACCGGGGAUGCCGCCGGUGCCGGUGCCCAGGUUGCUGACACUGAGGUUUCUACCGCCGAGCAGAUUGGCUCCGCUGUUCCUCGCCAACGUCGUCAGCUCGACAAGAUCUCAAACGGCGUUCAGGCCGUUGGCGAUGCUGCAGGUGUUGGUAGCACGACCGAGCCUGUCACUACUACGGGUGACAACGUGGACGGCCAAUUGACGGGCGAUGCAGCAACUGUCGGUCAGCAGGUCGCUGACGAUGAGGUUACUACUGCCGAACAAGCGGGCAGUGAUGUUCCUACUAAUGCGUAA